AAAAAAAUAGUGAAUAAUGUCAGUCUCUCUCUCUGACCUCAAGUUUCAGCCACAAGAAGCAGCCCACGCAAUCUCCCGCGCAAGUUAGCCACCACCAACUCUCGGCCACUAAAAUACACCCGCACCCCUUGUCACCACUUGCUUCUUCUUCACCUCUACUCUAGAACAAAGCUUUCGCUCUCAAAAAAAUCAGUUCUUUAUUUUUUUGGUUUAGCUAUCGGCAACGAAAUGAAAUUACUUUCUCAUUGAGAUGGCUUCUCUUCAAAUGUUGAAGUCCUCUCUCUCUCCUAUGCCCGUUUCCCAGUCAAAUUUUCCGGGAAAAUCCAGCUGGGUUUUCUCGGGAAUCCAGUCCAGGAAAAGUUUUAUCAGGUUGUCAAGUUAUAGGGGGUCUGGAUAUUACUUGAGAAGGAGAUUAAGGGUCUGCUGCAAAGCUCAAGAAGGCGACAACAAAAGCAAUGGUGAAGAACCUCCGGAGUCACUGUUUAUGAAGGAAUUAAGGAGGAGGGGUAUGACUCCCACUUCUUUGCUUGAGGAAAAAGAGAGGAUUGAGUAUGGAGCCAAUGAUGAGAUGGGAAAAGAAGAUAGAGGUUUUUCAACUAGAAAUGCGGUCUCAACCGAAAUUGAGAAAAGCCUAGCUAAUCAAAGGGAGCGCUCCAUGCAGUUGAACAGUGAAGGCCUUGAGGGGCUAAUCCCUCGGGCCAGACUCUUGCUGACAAUUGGAGGGACAUUCUUCUUGGGGUUUUGGCCAUUAAUACUUAUAACUGUAGCACUCUUCUCUGCUCUCUACUUGUACUUUGGAUCAACUUUUAUCCACGACGGAAGCAGUUCGCCAAUAUCAUCACCCCAAUACAUUGAUCCAUAUGAACUUCUGGAAGACGAAAGGAUUUCUCAAAUAGCACCUCGUGUAAAUUGAAGCACAAAGUCUUUCACAUAACUUAGAAUCCAAAUACAGGUUUCUGUCAACUAUUAUAUUGGCUCUUGUUUAUUCUUUCUCUGUAUAAAUCUCAAACUUAUCAAUAACUUUCUCUUCUGUUUAUUGCGA